AUGCCGCGCGAUGGCUCCGACUGCAUACGUGCCGUCGUGCGCGUGCGGCCCCUCCUCGCCAGCGAGCUGGACGCCGGCGAGACCAACUGCUGUGAGGUGCCCGACGCGACGUCCCUGCUUAUCAGAACGGGGGCGGGUCCGACGAGCAACCACUGGCGCCAGUACGCCUUCGACGCCUGUCUGCCCAGUGACUACUCCCAGAAGCAGGUGUUCCAGGAGUGCGGCGUCACGCACCUCCUCGACUCGGCCAUCGAGGGGUACUCGGCCACGGUGCUCGCCUACGGGCAGACAGGCAGCGGCAAGACUCACACGAUGAUGGGCCGCCUUGGCACCUCCGACGGCCGCGACGGACGGCGGGACGAAGGCCUCAUGAUGCGCGCGGCCCGCCGCCUCUUCAAGAGGGCGCUCUUCGUGUCCGACAGCGGCAACAACCGCAUCCAGAAGUGGUCUCCAGGCAAGGGCUUCCGCUGGGACCAGCUGAACCAUCCCGUGGGCCUCUUCGUGACCGAGGACGCCACCAUUUACGUCGCAGACUACCAGAACCACCGCGUCAUGAAGUGGCGGGAGGGCUGGCGGUGUGGGCUUCCGGUGGCUGGAGACCACGGUGCAGGGUCUGGCCUGCAUCAGCUGCUCGAGCCGAUCGACGUCACCAUCGACGUGGGCGGCGCCCUGUACGUGGCCGACAACGGGAACAGCCGGGUCAUGCGCUGGGCCGCGCCCCAGAGCCCCUACGAGCAGAUGCUGUCCUCGCCCUUCUGA